UCUCACUUGGCCCGUCAGCCGUCACCGACAAGUCUGAGGGGGCCGAAGGACUCGCUUGACAGCGCUCCGACUCGACGCUCCGCCGCGUCGCGCAGAGCGCCGCUGCUCGCCUCGGUCGAAUUCGGCUCUCAUGGCGGCUGUGCCUCGCGCGCCCGUCUCCUCCCCAACGAGCCGCGCCGCCCUCUGGCCAGCUCGCUCCAACCCUCGCAACGCCGUGGCGCCGCCGUCGGGGGCCCUGUGGUGGCCGCGCAGGCAGACCUGCCCGGUCGUCUCGAUGGCUCCCGGCUCCGCCCGGUCGACGCCAGCAGCGCUCGCAGUCGACCCCAAGGUUGAAGCAUUACUGGACAGUGUGAAGUGGGACAUCAAAGGGUUGGCAGUUGCUAUUGCCCAAAACGUGGAUACUGGUGCCAUUCUCAUGCAGGGCUUUGCUAACAAAGAAGCACUUGCAACAACUAUAUCAACCCGAAAAGCUACAUUCUACAGCCGUUCGCGGUCUUCAUUGUGGACUAAAGGGGAGACAUCCAUGAACUUCAUCAAUGUGCAUGACAUUUUCCUGGACUGUGACCGUGAUUCAAUAAUAUACCUCGGUACGCCAGAUGGACCUACAUGCCAUACAGGGGCAGAAACCUGCUACUAUUCUUCAGUCUAUGAUGCACUACAAGGUUCGAAGUCCAAUCAAGAGAGGCAGGUUGCUACAACUCUGUACUCGCUUGAAGAUACGAUCAGUAGACGGAAGGAGGAAGUAGUUGCCGCAGGAAGUGGCAAACCAUCAUGGACGAAAAAACUGCUGCUUGAUAACCAGCUGCUUUGCUCGAAAAUACGUGAAGAAGCGGGUGAACUGAUUCAAACCCUGCUUGAGAACGAGGACAGAUCCCGUACAGCUUCAGAGAUGGCUGAUUUGCUGUACCACGCAAUGGUGCUACUUAGUGUCAAGGAUGUGAAGAUGGAAGAGGUCCUGGAGGUCCUCAGGAAGCGGUUUUCGCAGUCUGGAGUUGAGGAAAAGGCCAGCCGCAAGAAAUCUUAGCAAUGCUCACAUGUAACAUGGAUGAUUUCUCCAUCUGACUGUGUGGUGUUGUGUACUAUGGAGCAGUUCGAUAUUGUUAGACAGUCAAUUGGGGUUUAUGUUUUCUUGUUGCUGUUCAAGAACAAGACUCAAAACCUAUCUGCCAGUUUCUUGAUGACCCAAGAGUCUUCAACUUGCAGUUCCACUGUUUCCUUUGUGUUCGUGAAUAAAGUUGUUUCUUCGGGGUUACUGGUUU